GGGGUGCCAGGCCCAAAAAAAGCCACCAGUGUCUUCUACACGUGGGAGGAGGUUCUCAGCUGUGGCCGGGCCCCUGAGUUCUGUCCUUUACAUUAUAACCCACCGGCGUCUAAACAUCCAACAUGGGCAAAGGGUGUGGUGCCGAGAAUGGAGAGAAGAGGAAGAAGAAGGGAAAAAACUUGGAUGAGCUGAAGAAGGAGGUGGCCUUGGAUGACCACAAAAUAGCUUUGGAUGAUUUGGGGAAACGAUAUGGAGUGGACCUCACACAGGGCCUGACCAAUGCCAGAGCGGUGGAGAUUCUGGCCAAGGACGGUCCGAAUACUUUGACUCCUCCCCCAACCGUACCGGAGUGGGUCAAGUUCUGCCGUCAGCUCUUCGGUGGCUUCUCCAUUCUGCUCUGGAUUGGGGCCAUCCUCUGUUUCCUGGCCUACAGCAUCCAGGUGGCCACAGAGGAGGAGCCCGUCAAUGACAACUUGUAUCUGGGUGUAGUGCUGGCAGCUGUGGUGAUCAUCACUGGCUGUUUCUCCUACUUCCAAGAAGCCAAAAGCUCUCGAAUCAUGGACUCCUUCAAGAAAAUGGUGCCACAGCAAGCGAUGGUGAUUCGGGAGGGGGAGAAGAUGCAGAUCAAUGCAGACCUUGUGGUGCUGGGAGAUCUGGUGGAGAUCAAAGGGGGAGACCGCGUCCCAGCUGACCUUCGAGUGAUCUCUUCCAGCGGAUGCAAGGUGGACAACUCCUCUCUGACGGGAGAAUCGGAGCCUCAGACGCGCUCCCCGGAGUUCACACACGAGAAUCCUCUGGAGACCCGCAACAUCUGUUUCUUUUCCACCAACUGUGUCGAGGGUACAGCCCGUGGCAUUGUGAUAGCCACCGGUGACCGAACGGUGAUGGGUCGCAUCGCCACUCUGGCGUCCGAGCUGGAGGUCCGCCGGACACCCAUCAGCAUUGAGAUCGAGCAUUUCAUCCACAUCAUCACUGGUGUGGCUGUUUUCCUGGGAGUGAGUUUCUUCAUCCUGUCAAUCAUCCUGGGAUACACCUGGCUGGAGGCCGUCAUUUUCCUCAUUGGCAUCAUUGUAGCCAACGUGCCUGAGGGGCUUCUGGCUACUGUCACUGUGUGUCUGACUCUCACUGCCAAGCGAAUGGCCAAGAAGAACUGUCUGGUAAAGAACCUGGAGGCCGUAGAGACUCUAGGCUCCACCUCCACCAUCUGCUCCGACAAGACGGGCACGCUGACCCAGAACCGUAUGACUGUGGCCCACAUGUGGUUCGACGACCAGAUCUAUGAGGUGGACACCACCGAGGACCAGACUGGUUUGGGUUUUGACAAGCGCUCUUCUACUUGGACUGCUUUGUCUCGCGUGGCUGGCCUCUGCAACAGAGCUGUUUUCAAACCCGGACAAGAGCACAUUCCCAUCUUAAUGAGGGAGACAGCGGGGGACGCAUCCGAGUCAGCUCUGUUGAAAUGCAUCGAGCUGUGCUGUGGGAGAGUUUGUGACAUGAGAGCCAGAAACCCCAAAGUGGCAGAGAUCCCCUUCAACUCCACCAACAAAUAUCAGGUCUCUAUCCAUGAAGUGGAGGACAAUCCCUCUGGUCAUAUUCUGGUCAUGAAGGGAGCUCCAGAAAGAAUCCUGGACAGGUGCAGUACCAUUAUGAUGUAUGGCGAGGAGCAGCCACUAGAUGAAGUCUGGAGAGAGGCUUUCCAAAGUGCCUACCUGGAGCUGGGCGGACUGGGAGAACGGGUGCUUGGCUUCUGCCACUUGAAUCUACCCUCAUCUCAGUUCCCUCGAGGAUUCACCUUCGACUGCGACGACACGAACUUCCCCACCGAGCAGCUGUGCUUCCUGGGUCUCAUCUCCAUGAUUGAUCCGCCGCGCGCCGCUGUGCCCGACGCAGUGGGUAAAUGCCGCUCUGCUGGCAUCAAGGUGAUCAUGGUUACUGGGGACCACCCAAUCACAGCCAAGGCCAUUGCUAAAGGUGUAGGAAUCAUCUCUGAGGGCAAUGAAACAGUUGAUGACAUCGCUGAGAGACUCAACAUCCCUCUGAGCCAAAUUAACCCCAGGGAUGCCAAGGCGUGUGUGGUGCACGGCUCUGACCUAAAGGAGAUGAGCUCUGAGUACUUGGACGACCUGCUGAGGAACCACACUGAGAUAGUGUUUGCCCGAACCUCUCCACAGCAGAAGCUCAUCAUUGUUGAAGGCUGCCAGAGACAGGGGGCGAUCGUGGCUGUGACAGGCGAUGGCGUAAACGACUCUCCGGCGCUGAAGAAAGCCGACAUCGGCGUUGCCAUGGGGAUUGCCGGUUCUGAUGUGUCCAAGCAGGCGGCUGAUAUGAUCCUGCUGGACGACAACUUUGCCUCCAUCGUCACCGGAGUGGAGGAGGGUCGUCUCAUCUUUGACAACUUGAAGAAGUCCAUUGCGUACACAUUAACCAGCAACAUCCCAGAGAUCUCGCCCUUCCUCCUCUUCAUCAUUGCAAGUGUUCCUCUUCCUCUGGGAACGGUCACCAUCCUCUGCAUCGACCUGGGCACAGACAUGGUUCCAGCUAUCUCCCUGGCAUAUGAGACAGCAGAGAGCGACAUCAUGAAAAGACAACCGAGGAACCCCAAAACAGACAAGCUGGUCAACGAACGCCUCAUCAGCAUGGCAUACGGGCAAAUAGGUAUGAUCCAAGCUUUGGCUGGUUUUUUCACCUACUUUGUGAUACUGGCUGAAAACGGCUUCCUGCCGGGCACCCUGGUAGGCAUCCGCCUCAACUGGGAUGACCGUGAAGUCAAUGACGUGGAGGACAGCUAUGGGCAGCAGUGGACCUAUGAACAGAGGAAGAUUGUGGAAUUUACCUGCCACACAGCGUUCUUCGCCAGCAUUGUGGUGGUCCAGUGGGCUGAUCUCAUCAUCUGCAAGACGAGGAGAAACUCCCUCUUUCAGCAGGGGAUGAAGAACAGGAUCCUGAUCUUUGGCCUGCUUGUUGAGACUGCACUGGCUGCCUUCCUCUCCUACUGCCCUGGAAUGGACGUUGCUUUGCGCAUGUACCCCCUGAAGGUCCUUUGGUGGUUCUGUGCCUUUCCAUACAGUCUGCUCAUCUUCCUUUAUGAUGAGGUCCGUAAAUUUAUUCUGCGGAGGAACCCAGGAGGCUGGGUGGAGCAGGAGACAUAUUAUUAACAUUCAGAAAAUGUCACUUUGAGUCAUGUGUCUCUGUGUGCGUAUGCAUAGAUGUGUUUGUUUGUGCUCACGAGGGUAAAACUGUGUGUGUGUGUCUGUCAGUUGUAAUAUUGCAUGGAUCAGUUCACAAAUCUGAUUAUCAGAAAAAUACUGCUGAAAAUAGGCUUUUGAGUUUUUCUCUUUUUAUCAGAAAACAUUUCCAGCAGGCUGAUAGUAAUGUAAACCUUUGUGCCUUACCUAAGCUGCUACUAAAGUGAUGUACUGUGGCCUGUUUGGCUCUAAGGGAGUACCAGAUGUUGUUUGUCAUGUUAAAUUUACCAAAUAAAAUGUGUUCCAAAGUC